CGCCGAUAAAGCCUAUAAAUCCCUUGGCUUCCAAAUCCUUCCAUACUAACGGUGCUAAGCGAUCUAUUUCACCAAUGAAGAUCAAUCAUCUCCCAUAUUUCCUCCUUCUCCUCCAACCAAUUUGGAGUGGGGCUGAUGAAAGCACCAGUGGUGAGAAUGCUGGAGUUCACCAAUCACCAGUAUUCUCGUUAGGCCGACAACUUCAAGUUCAAGGCCUAAAUGCCGCCAUAAAGCUGAGCAAUGGUGAAAGCAUGAGGAGAGAGAGUGAAGACUUGGAUCCUCUGAAAAGACUGAGUCACUCGGGGAAAGGUGGUUCUGGAGGCAAAGGUGGCGGGAGGAGUGCUGGUGGCGGCUCACAAGCCGUCCGUGAGCCACAUUCCCAACGGUCUAGUGAUGCGCUACCCAUGCAAUUGCUCUAUUCUUCCUUCACGCAAAUCAUCUUUCAUGCACUCGUUGUCUCCGUUUUCGUCUUCUGAUUUUGGAUUUCAAAGCUCCCGUAUUUGUAUCAUCCUAAGCGUGUAUGUCUUAAAUUAUUGUGCUGGUACUGAUUGAUAAAUAAGAUUACCGUUUGGAGUCAUCA